UUCUAAUCAUAUAGAAAUAUAUCAUCUACUUAUGAAUUUGCUUUUCUUCAUAGGACAGCGCACUAAAAUACAAAAGGAAUAAUUGUUACAAGUUUAUAUUCCUUUAUUUUUCAUUCACUGUAUACUAUAGGCAGGAAGAAGAGAUGGAUCCAAUCCAGAGUCAUAAUUUGUGACAUUAUUUUUGUUGACCAGUGUUUUCAUUUGUACGUCAGAAGAAAGCAAAUAAGAAAAUGAUGAAAGCAAAGACAAAGGACUGUUCACACCCUACUUUCUGUGCAAUGUGUAGUAUAUUCAGAGUUGCUGAUCCAAAUUUCAAAACCAUUUUCACGAUAGUGGACAAUUGCUCGAAGCAUUAUGAAUAUCCGAGUUACCUUCCUAAAACCAAAGUUAUAGUGGAGGGGGUUACUGUCGGGGAAUUCAAUCAAACCCGAUGUUGUGAGGGUUCUCGGUCACUUUUGUAUACCACAGAUUCCUCGUCUUCAAGUGAUUGGAGGUCAUCACCUGUUAUCAAUUUUCUGCUGAUAACACUGUCCAUUGCUUUGGUUGUCUUCCUGCUCAUUAUCACCAUCAUAUUAGUGGUCAGGUACAAAAAGCAUUCAACAUAUGAUCCUGGGAAACAAAAUGAACCAUGCAGUAUAAUCAUUGAUGAAGUCGUGGAAUAUUCAACACCAGAAGAAAAAUUUAUUGUAGGAGGAUCAUUAUUCCACAUUAAAUUAAUGUCAAAAAACACAGAGAAUGCACAAUAUAAAAGUCAUAAUCAUGAAAGAGUGGAAGAAUCACAAAGUACUGUUGAUGGUGAACAGAGCGGCACUUUGAAACACGCUUAUCUCGAUAAGGAGGAUUUCUAUUGUACACUUCAUAAAAAAGAAAAGAAAUGUAUUGAUAGACAGGAAAGUGUCUACAGCCAUUUCAGUGAAAUUGAUGAUAACAUUUACAAUACAACAUUCCACCAUGAACCAAAAAAAUGUGAACUGAAUAAUGUAUAUUCAUGUGUAUAAGUGCUCUGUUAUACGUUGUUUGACAUACUUAUAUCUUAAGGGAUUGAGAGUAACAAAAUGUAAAAAACGACAUACUAAUAUUUAUAACACAUACCAAUGCAAUACAUUUACAUUAUUUGUGAGAAUUCAUUUUAAUCAGUCGAUAGAAAUUAAUACUGAAUAUUUUUUUUAUUGUUUCUUAAUUUAAUUUUAUUUUUCAUGUGUUUUGUUUCUG